GCAGAAGUGUGAGCGCUGUGGGCGAGCGGGGCGGGCGGGGCGCAGAUUGAGGCCACUAUUUAAUCGCACGACGGCCGCGCAACGACCUGUUGUGAUCCCGUCAUGGCGCGCUACGCCCGUGUCGCUACUCUGGUCGCGUGUCUCUUGUUUGCCUGCGCGGCUGCGGACGAGCACCGUAUGCAUCGAUGGCGGCGGCAAGCGGAUGAUUCUGCUAAGAAAGACGAGAGCCUGGAGCAAGAGCUAUGCAAGGACAAGGACGCCGGCGAGUGGUUCCGGCUGGUAGCUGGCGAGGGCGACAACUGUCGCGACGUCAUCCAGUGCACUGCCUCGGGAAUUCAAGCUAUCCGUUGCCCAGCUGGUCUAUAUUUUGACAUUGAAAAGCAAACUUGUGACUGGAAAGAUGCAGUAAAGAAUUGCAAACUUAAGAACAAAGAACGCAAAGUCAAGCCUUUGUUGUUCACGGAAGAGCCUCUCUGCCAGGACGGCUCAUUAGCUUGUGGAGAUUCCACGUGUAUCGAACGUGGCCUAUUCUGCAACGGUGAAAAGGAUUGCGCUGAUGGCUCUGAUGAAAACACAUGUGAUAUCGAUAAUGAUCCUAACAGAGCUCCGCCGUGUGAUCCAUCGCAGUGUGUGUUACCUGACUGCUUUUGCUCUGAAGAUGGUACAGUCAUCCCCGGUGACCUGCCCGCCAGAGACGUACCCCAGAUGAUUACAAUCACAUUCGAUGAUGCUAUAAAUAACAACAACAUUGAGCUGUAUAAAGAAAUAUUUAAUGGAAAACGUAAAAAUCCCAAUGGAUGCGAUAUCAAAGCAACAUUUUUCAUCUCGCACAAAUACACCAACUACUCAGGUGUACAAGAGACUCAUCGCAAGGGACACGAAAUUGCAGUUCAUUCAAUCACACACAAUGACGAUGAACGUUUCUGGAGCAACGCCACCGUUGACGAUUGGAGUAAAGAAAUGGCUGGUAUGAGAGUGAUUAUUGAGAAGUUUUCAAACAUCACUGACAACAGCGUGGUGGGUGUACGCGCUCCGUAUUUACGAGUCGGUGGUAACAAUCAAUUUACGAUGAUGGAAGAGCAAGCAUUCCUGUACGACAGCACCAUUACAGCACCGCUUUCGAACCCACCACUAUGGCCUUACACAAUGUAUUUCAGGAUGCCACACCGAUGCCAUGGUAAUUUACAGAGCUGCCCUACUCGAAGCCACGCGGUAUGGGAAAUGGUGAUGAAUGAACUAGAUCGUCGCGAGGAUCCUAAUAAUGAUGAGUAUUUACCAGGUUGUGCCAUGGUUGAUUCUUGUUCCAAUAUUUUAACUGGAGAUCAAUUUUAUAAUUUCUUAAAUCAUAAUUUCGAUCGGCAUUACGAACAAAACCGUGCUCCUUUGGGUCUAUACUUCCACGCAGCUUGGUUGAAGAACAAUCCCGAAUUUUUAGAGGCAUUCUUAUACUGGAUCGAUGAAAUCUUAUCCAACCAUAAUGAUGUCUAUUUCGUAACAAUGACUCAAGUAAUUCAGUGGAUACAAAAUCCGCGCACCAUAUCAGAGGCAAAGAACUUUGAACCAUGGAGGGAAAAGUGUGCAGUAGAAGGUAUUCCUGCGUGUUGGGUCCCACACUCUUGCAAACUAACAUCUAAGGAGGUUCCCGGCGAGACCAUCAACCUACAGACUUGCGUCAGGUGUCCUGUCAACUACCCCUGGCUAAAUGACCCCACAGGAGAUGGUCAUUAUUAAAAUAGCGCUACGAUCUCGCGCCUACAGCGCUAAAAAUUAGUUUUUAUAUAAAAUUUCGGUUUAGAGAUUGCACGGAUAACAUAUUCUUAGUUUUAAAUAGGUACUCAAAUAAAUUGACAAUAAUAAAACCCUUUUUUCUUUUAGCGAAAUAUUAAUAAUAAAUUAAGCUUAGAAUAUGUUUUCCUGUAAUUUCAUAUUGUACCGGGUUAUAAUCCCGUCUAUAGUCUAAGUAUGCCUACUGUAUGUAAUAUAGACUCACAUAAAUAUUUAAUAGAUCAGUUUCGUCUGUAUACUUUAUGUGAUUUUUUUUUAAUGUAAGUAUGGUCGAUAAAUUUAAAAAUACAAAAUACAAAAAUAU